UAAGAUUCUUGUCCAGUAGUUCUCAUCUUGAAGUAAACAGCAGACCAUCGCUAGACCAAAAAGUUCUGUUUUACUGGAAGAAACGAAUACUUAUAAUGAUUUUAUUCAUUACGUUUCUAUGUUUUCUCGCCAGUUCUUGUAUCGCCAGGCCUAAUAUCGAAACUGUGCCACAGAAUGUGGUGACCGUCCCGCCAAACUGUCCUGAAGGACAACAGUGGGUUAAUGGGCAAUGUCGAGAUGUCUGGAGAGUUACAGCUGCACCUUCGAACCUGAUCACGGUGCCAGCGAACUGCCCUCCUGGACAAUCAUUAGUCAAUGGCCAAUGUCGUGAUGUUUGGAUCAAAACACUGUUAGGCAGCUAUUACAGGGAUUACGCACCGCAAAAUGUGGUGACUGUGCCACCAAACUGCCGUCCCGGCCAGCAGUGGAUUAAUGGUUCCUGUCGCGACGUUUGGAGAAGUGGAACAGACAAUAAAAACGUAAUCACGGUUCCUACUAAUUGCCCUUCUGGACAAGAAUUCAUCAAUGGGCAAUGCCGUGACGUGUGGAGAAGUUUGCUGAAUUUGAACAAUAUUGGAGAUCAACUACAGGUUGAAGAAGUUGAAGGCCUAAAUUCUGUGAACAGAAACGUCAUUACCGUACCAAACCAGUGCCCCAGUGGCUACAGACCUGACGCUCUUGGAAAUUGUCGCCCAAUUUUAAUUAUGGAUUAAAUUUAAAAAUAUUUUUUAAAUAACCUGCCUAUACUUAUAUAUAUGAAAUUACCAAAUAAACCC